AUGCGCUCAACGCAAAUCGCACUAGCAGGCGCCACAGGAAACCUCGGCAUCCCUAUUCUCAAAGCCCUCCUCGACGCAGAAUACCAUGUCACAGUCCUCUCACGAAUAGGCGGAAAUUCAUCUAAACUGAAUCCGCACCCAAAUCAAACCAUCAAAGAAGUCGACUUCACCUCCGUACAAUCCCUGAUUCCCGCAUUGCAAGAUGUCGACGUCGUUGUUUCCUGCCUCGCCACGUCGGCGAUAGGCAGUCAAAACCCCCUAAUUGACGCGGCCGUCGCCGCAGGCGUGAAGCGAUUCAUCCCAGCCGAGUUCGGAAUGGACUCUCUGAAUCCUCUAAGUGUGCAACUACCAGUGUGUGCGCCUAAAGCUGCAACGCAGAAGUACCUCCUCGACAAGUCCAAUCACCAUCCAGAGUUCACCUUUACUUCGAUCGCCAACGGGCUUUUCCUAGACUGGUGUCUUGAGACGGGCAUUAUUCUGGACCUGAAGCAGCACACUGCGACUCUAUAUAAUGGGGGUGAUGUGCCAUUCAGUGCCACGAAAUUGGCGGAUGUUGCUAAGGGCGUUCUCGGUGUCAUUGAGCAUCAGGUUGAGACUGCUAAUCGGGUUGUUUAUAUCCAUUCGGCUCUAGUUACUCAGAACAGACUGAUCCAGUAUGCGAAGGAUAAAGAUGGAAAGGCAUGGGAAACUGUUGUAAAGGAUACGGAAGAUGUGAGGAAGGAGAGUUUGGCGGAGCUAGCCAAAGGUGACCGGGCAGAUGUAGAUACAGCAAUGCUAGGAUUCUCUAUCGUUGGAUGUGGGGAUCCUAACUACGGCUGUGACUUUUCUGGCCAUUUGGAUAAUGGGUUGUUGGGUGUGAAAGAGAUGAGUGAGGUUGAGCUGAGGAUGUUAGUGGAGAGUUACUUGGACAUUGACACUGCGCGGCAUUAA